AUGGAGUUGCAUAACCACGAGCUCGUUUUCGGUGAUACUAAAGACAUAUCGGCAUUUGUAAGCAGCACCAUAAUACUGGACUUGCUUGAAAGGUCUGACAUCGUCUCUCAUCGGCGCGUCUUCGUAGGAAUCAUCCACUGUAGUCUGGACAGUAGUGAUGGCGUUGGUUGGCGACCAAUUGAAUUUGGUGUCACCAAGUACAAGAGCUCUAGCUCUGCCCUCUGCAUUCAGGACCAUGUUAUGCCCAGCGCCCCAAUCAGGGUAGCAUCCUCGACUCUCCAACACUCUUCCGCUGGACGUGAUAAACAAAGGACGAAGUACUGCUGAUACAGGACCUGUG